UAACGUCACUUUUUCCAGAACUCCCUUCCGGCGCGUCUGUACUUUUUCUGGUUAGUAAUUUGAAGAUUCGAAAUCAAAAUGGUUGAAUUGAACGGGACCCAGUCUUCUAUCACUUUAAGCGUUGCAAAUGAUACAACUUCCGAAAAUUACGGAAAUGACGCUAUAGAGGGGUACAAUUUAAUUGUUCUGCUGAAAUCUUUCACAUUAAACGAUUUUGGAGAGGAUGACCCGCGUGAGCUCAACAUUCGCCUGUUGCUGGGUGAUUCCGAUCCGAUUGAAAUAUUCGGAACAGUGUCGGAUAUUAAUAAGCAGCGAAGAGGUUUUGCGAUAAGCAUUCCCUGUGACAAUCCGGAACAGUUCAAAGACUAUCUUUCGAAUAAUAAUCUGAAAGUUAUCAUUGAUCAAAAUGGUUCCGAACUUGGCGGCACGAGCGUAUGUUUGGCGGAAAACCAUUUGGUUUCUUUUGAUCCACCGCAUUUCGAACCCACAAUCAUAUCUCAGAAAUUCGCCGUUAAGCAUGGAUCCUUAUCGGUUGGAACGAUCCACCUUAUCUUGAAAACUGAUAAACAGCAAUCGGCCGUAGAAUUGAAUGCAUCGAAGAUCGAAAACGACAGCAUUCUGUACAUCGUUAACGAUACCCCAGAGCGAAGAAGUAGUGAAUAUCAGGAAGACACUAUGCGACAGUUGCUAACAUGCAAAAAAUGUAGUGGCGUGCGAAGCCCUAGUGAAGUGAGUUGCCGAUAUGAAUUGAUAGAUGGAAUCCUCACUCACGUUGAAAAACCAAAGCGUGAUAUGGAUCUUGAAUUGAUGAAACGGAAAUUGGAACGAAUCGAACGGAAAGCGAAAUUGUAUCCGGUUGGUGCACAACAGGAUCUACCAAAAGACAAUGUUGACAACCGAAUUUGCAAACACUGUGGAGGCAUUACCGUAACGGGAAAAACAUGCGGUCGAUUUCCAUGGAGAGAUGAUACUGAAGUUGGCUACCCAGAAGGCAGCGCAAAACGUUUUUCACCACCUAUUGAUGUUCCUGUAAAUUAUGCACGCAUAUCAGAACCAACCUUUGUUCAUUCUAAUAAAGAUGGAAUAAGAUCCACUCAGUCACGAUCAAACAGUUACCCCCUCCAUACAUUCCAACAACCGGAUCGUAAUUAUCUGUGCCCUACAUCAGUCGGAAUUCGCCAUUGCGAACGUUGUGGACUUAACAUGGACUGGCUUCCCCCACAUGCUACCUGUCCAAAGUGCAACUACAAAAGCCAACCUUUUGGAACAGGAAAUCUAGAACCCGCAAUGCACGAAAUUACUCCGAGCCGAAUGAACUCCUGGAUGGGUGAUUUUGAAUUCGCUGAACCUCAGAAAAGGCAAUCUUUGGCGGCCUCCGGUCGUUCUUUGUCACUAGAAGUGCGACCAUGUCCACUUUGUCGCUUGCGUGGUGGCCGUUGUCCGGAUUGUGAAAGACGUGCAUCAAUAACACAGCAGGAUAAAAUUAAUUCUACCACUCAAUCGUCUACCUCAGAUUCCGAAAUGCUGGCCCGCAAAUCCGAGGAAAGACCAAAAACGAGACAAUCAUUGCGAGACCGUUUUAUGGAAUUACCGAAAAGGCUUAGUAAAGCGGCAAGGCUAUCUCAACUUCAGAAAGUUUAUGGAGACGAUGCUCCUCGAAAGCAAGAAAAGUUGGGUCCUUGUUCAACCCGUAGUUCCACUGUAUCUCUAAACGUAGAAGAUAUAUUGAAAAAAUCCCAAACUAAAACCAAGAAAAUAAUGUCCGAUGGUAUCCAGAGUAUUGAAGUAAGAAAAGUGGGACCUGGCGUGACAGAUAACCUGGAUAAAGGCUGCUCUGCUCUCAGUUCAACUCAAAUACGAAAAAACCAGAGAAGUUUAUUGAGACAAAUAAAAAAGCAAAAUCGUGGGACAUAUUCAUACCGAUAUGGAAAUCGCUACCCUGGUAUCGUAGUCGGCCAUCAAGAGUGCAUUCAUCGUGGCAAUCCUGUUCCUCCACACAUGGGAUGGCGAUGGGACAUCAAAACGCCUGGUAUCGGAUGUGUGCGAAAGGGUUGGCGACCAGGCGCUGUGCGAAAAACGAUUAAGGAGCUAAUGCAACACUUUUUAGUUAGCUACCCACUGGAUAACGUUCCAGUCAGCAGAAAAGGUAAACGAAGCUCAAAGAUCGAUGACGAUGGAACGGAUAAAAUUAAGCAAAAGCAUACUUUGCAAAUAGUGAAGCGAAAUGGUGAGUAUGCUAUUGUGAUGAAUCCACUGAAAGAUUCGCAAACAUUGAAAACCGCGCAAGAUCCUUAUCUCGCUUGUGAACCUAUCCGAUUCAAGCUGACAAAAGAUCCGAACAUGAGCAAGCUGUAUCAGCUUCGUAACGCACUAAAGGUGAAGGGUUUCACGAUGUGUGGCUGUUCUGAGUUUGAUUCCUGCAAUCAUAGAAGCGAAAAAGAGAAGAAAAUAAUGUCAAAAGAAAUGCGUAAACUUUCGAAGCGGCUUGGCCUUGCAGUGACAACCGAACUUAAAGACAUACCAGCCGAGAGUGAGUCCGAGUUGGAUUUGGAGUUUACUCCUCCGUCGGCGAUGCUUAAGUCGGGAGUGAGAAAAGCGGAUGUGGUGUGCACCGAAACUCAAUACUGUGAAGAGGAUUAUAAAGUCCAAGUUCCAGCAGAUAAGCUGAAGUGUUAUCCUGGUCAAGUGGAUCCGUUGGAUGUUACGAGGGUUAAGUUUGGUCGCGGGAUGAAUGUAACUGCUGGUAGAGAUGGUAAAGCGUUUAAGGGGGGAAUGGGUGGAAAGGGACAACGAGGAAGUGCAGGUGGUAAAAGUACUGGUACCGGGAAAGGAGCAGGCGCGGGUGUAGGAACAGGUUCUGGAAAAAAUGUGGGUGCGGGUAAAGAAACUGGUUCAAGAAAAGGAGUAGGUGAUGGCAAAGGGAAUAACUUAAGCAAAGAAAUUGGUGCAGGAAAAGGAGCUGGGGUUGGAAAAGAUACGAUUAGAGGAAAAGACAUAGUUAGUGGAACGGGAAAAGGAGGUGUUGGAAAAGCAGGAACCGGAGCAGGAGGAAAGAAUGGGGCUACAGUAACUGGAUCAGCAAGAGCUAGAAACAAAUCUCACGUAACACGUCGAGGAAGUACAAUAGCGGGUGUCGGUGUAAAGUCUCAUCAAGCUGGAUCGAACCGAUUGGCUGCAACCAUUACCGGAUACGGAAGUUCCGUCCCCGCGAAGUGCGGUUAUCAAGUCAGUUCAUAUGCCUGCUAUACAUCACCGUGUGCUCCAGUUGCUGUAUGUUACAACUCUUGCUGCACAGGUUGCACGAUAUUGCUAAUUGCUAGAAAGAGUUACUAUCCAGCGGAUGAAUUUGCCCAUAUAUCGGAAACAGAGAAUAAAAUCAAACUGCAACAUUUACUUGACUUAACAGCCGAGCGUAUCAUCGAGGUGAACGAAGGGAAAUUAAUCAAUCUCACGGAUGCAGAGUUUCUGCUGGAUCUGCCGUUCAUCCGGGAAUCCGGAGUAUAA